GUCCGAAAAUCCCGAAGACUUUUUUAAAUUACGGAUCUCAACUAAAACAAACAAAUCUCUCUCUCUCUCUCUCCUCCCUCUCGCCUCCGCAGCCUCCCACCACCACCGUCGUCACAAUGGGGAAAGGAGGCACGCUAAGCGACAGCGUGAUAAAAAAGAUCGUCCUCUCCUACAGCUACGUGGCGAUCUGGAUCUUCCUCAGCUUCACGGUGAUCGUCUACAACAAGUACAUCCUCGACAAGAAGAUGUACAACUGGCCUUUCCCGAUCUCCCUCACCAUGAUCCACAUGUCCUUCUGCUCCACCCUCGCCGUCCUCCUCAUCAAGGUCUUCAAAUUCGUCGAGCCCGUCUCCAUGUCCCGCGAGACUUACCUCAGAUCCGUCGUCCCCAUCGGGGCCCUCUACUCUCUCUCCCUCUGGCUCUCCAACUCCGCCUACAUCUACCUCUCCGUCUCCUUCAUACAGAUGCUCAAAGCCCUCAUGCCCGUCGCCGUCUACUCCAUCGGCGUCCUCUUGAAGAAAGAAGGCUUCAAGUCGGACACGAUGACCAACAUGCUCUCCAUCUCCUUCGGUGUCGCCAUCGCUGCUUACGGUGAAGCUAGGUUCGAUGUGUUCGGUGUGAUUCUCCAGCUAGGUGCUGUUGCCUUCGAGGCGACGCGUCUUGUGUUGAUUCAGAUCUUGCUAACCUCCAAAGGCAUCACGCUUAACCCUAUAACGUCUCUCUACUACGUGGCGCCUUGCUGUUUAGCGUUCUUGUUUAUCCCUUGGAUCUACGUGGAGUUCCCCGUGCUUAGAGACACGUCGAGCUUCCACUUUGACUACGCUAUCUUCGGGACGAACUCGCUUUGUGCGUUUGCGUUGAAUCUUGCUGUGUUUCUUUUGGUUGGGAAGACCUCUGCUUUGACGAUGAAUGUCGCUGGUGUGGUUAAAGAUUGGCUGUUGAUUGCUUUCUCGUGGUCUGUGAUUAAGGAUACCGUGACUCCUAUUAAUCUUUUUGGGUAUGGGAUCGCGUUCUUGGGAGUUGCGUAUUAUAAUCACGCGAAGCUGCAGGCGUUGAAGGCGAAUGAGGCUCAGAAGAAGGUUCAGCAAGGGGAUGAGGAGAGUGGGAGGUUGUUGGAAGAGAAGGGUGGUGGUGAUGGUGAAGGUAAGAAGAUUGAGUCUGAGGACUAAGAUGAAAAGAUAGAGACUUUGACUCGUAAGCAAGAGACAAAGUAAUAAUAAAGCUUCUUAUUGGAAGGAAUCUUUGGUUCCUUUUGAUCAUAAUGAUUUGCUCAUAGGUGGUAGUCAUGUCAGCAUCUCUUCUUGUUUUUUUUUUGUUCUAGCCAUUUCUCUUUUGGUAUUGUUUUUCUUUUCAAGCUAUUUAUGAUUACAAUGGUGUUACAAAACCUCUGUUCAUGGAUUUUCAGUUUCAGUA